CCAGAAGUCUCCGUUCCACGGCUGCGUAGCCUAUGGGUUUCGAAAUAGUUGUCGCGAGCGACGGCGGCGUGACCCGCGGCUAGAGAUGGCUCUGGUGGGCAGAUCUCCAAGUUGUCUCUUGGGUCGCGUUAAUAGGUCGGCGGCGCUACUUGAUGUUAGGUGGCUUCAACCCCAGGCCUGGCUGGGACUUCUCGACUCCUGGGGACUCCCGUCUACGCAGCCGAACCGGGGCAAGGCUCGCGGGAACGAGUACCAGCCGAGCAACAUCAAACGCAAGCACAAGCACGGCUGGAUCAAGCGCUUGAGCACGCCAGCCGGCGUCCAGGUCAUCCUUCGCCGCAUGCUCAAGGGCCGCAAAUCACUGAGCCACUGAGUGCGACGCUGCUGGUGGGACCUCCAUUAAAGCAUUUCCCUCGACUCAGACUUCUCCUGCUGCUUUUUGUGGGGAAGUUGGACAACUCAGACAUGAGUGCUUCUCCAGUUGUGGGGUUGACCCAGGGAUAGAAGUCUGGGGGUAGACGGGAAGAGGGAGUGAGAGGUCAGAUCUUGGCCAAGUCCCUUUUUACGCUUUUGAAUUAGGAAGAAUUUCACAUUUAUGGCAACAGCCCACCGAAUAGUGCAGUGAGUGAAUCCUGUGUACUCACCCAGCUCUGACCACCAAUUAUCCACAAACCGUUCUGACCCCUCCUGUGUUAUUUUGAAGCAAAUCUCAGGCAUCUGGUUACUUAAAUAUUUCAGAAUGCAGCUCUCCAAGAUAAGGGCCCUUUAAAACGUAAUCACAAAACUUUCACACCUAAAGAAAGUCAACAAUUUCUUAAUAUCAUUAAAUGUCUAGUAAAUGUUUAAAUUUC